UAUGGAGAGCUUCUUCCCAGCACAGAAUGCCCCGGAAAAUGGUUUGUUUGAUAACCCGACUGUCAGAGCCAUCAACGCUGCUAGUAGAUUCGGAUAUUCUGUUAUUGGAAAUAAUCUGCAGGCUAUUAAUUCAACCUGUGCAGCACUAAACUCCUCACCUGUGGAGUAUUUAGUGGGGAACCAAAGCUUACUCCAGAACUUUGAGUAUGGGCUUACCAAUCCAGGGUUUGCCCAUGAAAGGAUCUUAGAUUCUUUGAAGCAAAUACCUAUUUACAAGGAAGUAUUAGACUUCAAGACAUCUGAGAAUGAGAGCGCCAGAGUAGAAAGUAUUAGUCCACUGUCUGCCCAAAGUUCUAUUAAUCAAAUAAAGCUCUUCAGCCAGAAAAGACCAAAUGUUGAUGUUCAGUUCAAUACACAAAGUUGCUCUAUGAAUAGCUCGAAAAAUGAGUCUUCUCAUCCAAUCAAUGAUAACAAAUUCAAGGCUGGAGCCGCAAUUAGAGAAUCAGGUAGCGAUGCUUGCAAGGAUGUUCCAGAGAUUUAUAAUGAUAUACCAAAUUAUAACCAAGGACAAGGAAAUGGCGUAGGUAGUUACAUGCCCAUAGUACUCCCAAAAGGAUCUAAUAGUGUAAUCCCUCCCGGCUAUAUCGAAAUUCAUACUGAGGAAACUUCUAGCAGAAAGACUAAGGUUGUGACUAACUGUGAACAUACUGACAGAAAACACUACGCUAAAGGUCUCUGCAGCUCGUGCUACCAUAAAAAUGGUAGAACAAAGAAGUCUUGGAACUGCGAACAUAAAGACAGACUUCAUUAUGCUAAAGGAUGCUGUCACGAGUGCUACGUUACUUUCCAUUCUAAGAGAGGUCAGAAGAAAUUAAGAAAGACCAUCAACCAGGACUUGUCUGAAAUCUCAAAGGCAAUGGAGCCCUCAUAUCUCACUGGAGGUGUCUUCUAAAUCACUUCCAAUUUCUCCUUCACUGGAGUUCAUGUCUAGUAAUCAUACAUGAUUUACGUAAAACAUCAACUGCUUCUGUUGCUAUGUAGGUACCAGAAAUGGACUACUAGUACGCAGAGGCGUAUGUCAAUUAUAUCAGAAAAUUUACCAGU